AGUCCAAAUCCUCUGAACUUUAGUACUUUCAACUUUACAUCGUUCGUUCAGUUUGUUGUAAAUAAUUUGUUAUAAAGAUAUAAGAUAUAUUUUAUUAAAAUUGUUUUCUACUGCCACAAGUCACAGACUCAGUCUAGUGAAGAUUUUAUACGAUUGUUUGAGAUUUGAAGUGUUGUGAAUCAUGUCCAAAGACAAGAUUCAAGAGGCAAAGGAGUGUAUGGACAAAGCUGCGAAAUAUCUGAAGCUAUCUCUGUUGAAAUGGGUCCCUGAUUAUGACAGUGCAGCUGACGAAUACAUGAAAGCAGCUACUUGUUUCAGAGUUGGAAAAUCAUACAAAGAGAGUAAAGAAUGUUUAAUGAAAGCAUCAGAAAAUUAUUUACAAAAUGGAUCUCUUUUUCAUGCUGCUAAGUGUAUGGAUCAGGCAAUUAUAAUGGCUAAGGAGAUUGGUGAUACAAGUGAUGUGUUUAAAUUGGCUAUGAAAGCCAGUCACUAUUAUCAGCAACAUGGAUCCUCUGGAAGCGCAUCAUUAUUGUUGAACAAAGCUGCAGAUAUAUUACAACCAUCAGACCCAGAUUCAGCUGUUAAGCUCUUAAAAGAAGCUUCAAACAUUUCUGGGACUGAAGAUUCGAUUGGACAAGCAAUGGAGUAUACACACAAAGUAGCUCGACUGUUGGUGAAAUUGAAUAGGUACGAAGAAGCUGAAAAUGAAUUAAAACGUCAAUUUGAUCUGGUCACCGAAGGAGGCCCGACAUCCAAUAUGGGCAGAGUAGCUGUUGAACUAUUUUUAUUACAAUUGGCUAAGGACGAUUAUGUGGCGGCUAAAAAAGUAUUGCAAGAAUAUGGAAUGCAAUAUUGUGAACAAGCAGAGGUUUAUAUGCUCGACAGUAUUAUAAACGCAUAUUCUGAUCACGAUUGUGCUCAAAUCAAGAAAAUGUUAAACAGUCCUUUUAUUAAGCAUAUGGAUGUUGAGUUCGCUAUACUUGCCAAAAAUUUGGCUGAUAAAUGGAUAGUGGAACCUAAAGAGCAAGUCACCAAUAUUGAAAAUGAAGAGACUGAAGCAGCAUCAACAGAUUUUGGAGGGAAGCUUUGUUGAAGUAGAAAUUAUUUUUUUAUAUUUAACCUUAUUUAUUUUAAUUAUAUUUGUUUCUUAGUUUGAAA